CAUAUUUCUUCUUUACCCCCACACCGGAGACGAGCAGAAGCACCAUAAAGAGAUGGCGGCGAGACAGAAAGCGGUGGCGGCGCUGCCGACGCUCAUGCGAGCACUCCGGAAAGAAGCGGCGCCGCCGAGGCACCAGACGGCGCUGCCUUCGCUGAGAAGAGCAUUCUCUCUCUACGAUCAGAUCAAUCUCAUCGAUAAUUUCCCCGACGACCAGCUCCGUUUCCAAGGAUUUGAUAAUACAGGGUUCAAAGUGAAUGGAGUCAGGUACGAAGGCAGCUUACUUUGUGUAGGAAAUUUGCUCAUGUCUUGGACCCCCAAAAGUUUCUCGGAGAUCACCGUUGAAAGCUUGUCUAUUUUUAAGACCGUACGACCAAUACCAGAAAUUUUGAUUAUUGGAUGUGGAAGGGAUAUUCAGCCGGUAAAACCUGAAGUUCGUAGCUUCAUUCGUUCCGCUGGCAUGAAAAUAGAAGCAGUUGACUCGAGAAAUGCUGCAUCGACGUACAACAUAUUGAACGAAGAAGGAAGGAUAGUGGCGGCAGCUCUUAUUCCAUACGGAGCUACUUCUUGAAGCAUAUUGUUUGUGUACAUGUUUGUGAGACUCCAAUAACCUUUGUAUGCAUUUUCUUCUUUCGGAUUAGUGUCUCAGUUUCGUACAAGUCUGCUGAAAACGAUGCACAUCUGAUUAAUUGAAAAAAAAAAUCAAAUUUCCAUUUUCAU